AUGGGCAAAUUUAUGAAACCCAGGAAGGUAGUGCAGGUCUUGGCUUGUUGCUACUCCAUAUGCAAGGCGGUCAUCAUGAAGAACAUUGAUGAUGACACAUCAGACUGUCACUACAGGCAUGCUCUGGUGGCUGGGAUUGACCACUAUCCCUGCAAAGUGACAGCUGCCAUGAGCAAGAAGAAAACUGCCAAGAGGUCUAUGAUCAAGUCUUUCGUGAAAAUUGAUAAUUACAAUCACCUCAUGCCUACAAGGUACUCUGUGGAUAUCCCCUCAGACAAAACUGUCGUCAACAAGGACAUCUUCAGAGACCCUGCUCUGAAAUGCAAGACUUGA